AUGGCUAGUUCGGUUGGAAGAGAGUCACGAAAUCCAAUUUUCAAUGGAGAAAACUAUGAGCUAUGGAUGAUUAGAAUGACGUCAAUCCUCAGAUCAUAUGGGAUUUGGAAGCUAGUUGAAGAAAGUGUACCAACUCCAUAUCCAAAAGCCAAGAUGAAGGAGACGGAGACAUCGAACAAGUCAGCAUUGUCUGAGCUUCGGAAGCAAGAUGCAAAAGCACUGGACCUUAUCCAAGGAGCUGUUUCAGAUGAGCUCUUUCCUAGAAUCUCUAACGAAGUAACUGCAAAAGGAGCCUGGGAUCUGUUACAGCAUGAAUACAGAGGAGAUGAUCGUGUAAGAUUGUUUGCAUUGAUAAAUGAAAUGAAGAGCAUGGAUGCUCAAAUUCUGAAGGAGAGUUAUCGAAGAACAGAAUAG